AUGGACCACCACCCAAACUCGCCCAUCAGGCCCAAGAAUAUCCCAUCGCACUUGAUCAACGGAUCGUCUCCUCUUGUAAAUCACGAAAAGGCUCAAGAAAACCGGGACGCGCGCGAAAGAGAGAACGCUUUCAAGUCCAUCCAGUCCUCAAUGGGUCCCAAGAAGGAGCCCGUCGAUCUCGAAGGCAACUACUUCCAACCACAUGCCAGCGCACAACCACGCGACAAGCGUCCUGCAAAGCUCGCCAAUCUCGAAGAGGCCGAGGCCAGGGACCCGCGCGACGACUGGGCAUCCCAGCAGACUAGCAGAGCUAGCAGUCCCUACACUCUCGCUCCUACCAUUGACUUUGACGGUCUGAGCUGGCCCACCGCCGCCCGCCUCGAAAAGCUCUCUGGAGCAGUCCGUACGCUGCUCGAAUGUAUUGGAGAAGAUCCGGAAAGAGAGGGCCUCCAUGGCACACCUGAGCGUUAUGCAAAAGCCAUGAUGUUCUUUACCAAGGGCUAUGAGGAGAACCUGAGGGACAUUGUUAAUGGCGCCGUCUUCCACGAGGAUCAUGAUGAGCUCGUCAUCGUAAAGGACAUUGAGGUUUUCAGUCUUUGCGAGCAUCACCUGGUACCUUUUACUGGAAAGGUAAGUAUCCACGGCGACACACUCAGCGAAUGCUAUCUAACUUGUAUANNGAUGCACAUCGGCUACAUUCCCAAUGGUCGCGUUAUCGGCCUCUCCAAAUUGGCUCGUAUCGCCGAGAUGUUCUCUCGCAGACUACAGGUUCAGGAGCGUCUGACCAAACAAGUCGCCCUUGCCUUGUCCGAAGUCCUCCAACCUCAGGGUGUCGCAGUCGUCAUGGAAUCCAGCCAUCUGUGCAUGGUAAUGCGUGGUGUCCAAAAGACGACUGCCUCAACCACUACCAGCUGUAUGCUCGGUAGAAUGAGAUCGACUGCCAAAACGAGAGAAGAAUUCUUGAACUUGAUCAACAGAAGGUAG